CCCAUGACAUCACUGCUGCUGCAGCCAUACCACCCAAGGAAGGAUGCUAUUAAAAUCAUUGCGAUUGGGCUAAAUGAUGUUGCAUUGCAGGACCUCUCUUGUUUUUUCAAGACUGAGCCUCUGAAGUGAUAGAAAUCCAAACCUGUUGCUGCAUGAUAUCCUAAUAUGGUCAAUGCAGGAGACAUGAAUGGUUCAGGGAAUCUGAUGGACUUUCUGGAUGAGCCUUUCCCAGAUGUUGGCACUUAYGAAGAUUUCCAUACCAUCGACUGGCUGCGGGAGAAGUCGCGUGACACYGACCGCCACCGAAAGAUUACAAGCAAAAGUAAAGAAUCCAUAUGGGAGUUCAUCAAGAGUUUGCUGGAUGCCUGGUCAGGAUGGGUUGUGAUGCUGCUCAUAGGACUGCUGGCAGGUACAUUAGCUGGAGUGAUAGAUUUGGCUGUGGAUUGGAUGACAGACCUGAAAGAGGGUGUCUGCCUGUCUGCCUUCUGGUACAGCCACGAGCAGUGCUGCUGGACGUCUAAUGAAACAACAUUUGAUGACAGGGACAAAUGUCCCCAGUGGCAGAAAUGGUCUGAACUUCUUGUAAGCCAGUCUGAGGGUGCAAGUGCUUACAUUCUAAACUAUUUUCUGUACAUUAUGUGGGCUCUGUGUUUUGCUUUCCUGGCAGUCUCCCUGGUCAGAGUGUUUGCUCCUUAUGCCUGUGGCUCUGGAAUCCCAGAGAUAAAAACCAUCUUGAGUGGGUUCAUUAUUAGGGGCUACCUGGGAAAAUGGACACUUUUAAUCAAAACAGUCACCCUGGUUCUGGUGGUGUCUUCAGGCCUCAGCCUUGGGAAGGARGGCCCCUUAGUCCACGUGGCCUGUUGCUGCGGAAACUUCUUCAGCAGCCUUUUCUCAAAGUACAGCAAGAAUGAAGGAAAGAGAAGAGAGGUCCUUUCGGCUGCAGCUGCUGCAGGGGUUUCUGUCGCCUUUGGGGCUCCAAUCGGAGGUGUGCUUUUUAGUCUGGAAGAGGUCAGCUACUACUUUCCUCUGAAAACCCUCUGGAGGUCAUUYUUUGCUGCUCUCGUGGCUGCCUUCACGCUGAGGUCCAUCAAUCCUUUUGGGAACAGCCGCCUGGUGCUGUUCUACGUGGAGUACCACACCCCCUGGUACAUGGCCGAGCUCUUCCCCUUCAUCCUGCUCGGCGUCUUUGGGGGCCUCUGGGGCACCCUCUUCAUCCGCUGCAACAUCGCCUGGUGCAGGAGGCGAAAAACCACCCGGCUUGGGAAAUACCCGGUGCUGGARGUGAUCGUGAUCACGGCCAUCACCGCCAUCAUYGCCUACCCCAACCCCUACACGCGCCGCAGCACCAGCGAGCUCAUCUCCGAGCUCUUCAACGACUGCGGCGCCCUCGAGUCCUCGCAGCUCUGCGACUACAUCAACGACCCCAACAUGACCCGGCCCGUGGACGACAUUCCCGACAGACCCGCCGGCCCCGGCGUCUACUCUGCCAUGUGGCAGCUGGCCUUGGCUUUGGUCUUUAAAAUUGUCAUCACCAUCUUCACUUUCGGCAUGAAGAUCCCUUCAGGCCUUUUUAUUCCUAGCAUGGCUGUUGGAGCCAUGGCUGGCAGGAUGGUUGGGAUCGGAGUKGAGCAGCUGGCAUAUCACCAUCAUGACUGGAUCAUCUUCAGGAACUGGUGCAGACCUGGGGCCGACUGUGUCACACCAGGACUUUAUGCUAUGGUGGGAGCAGCAGCUUGCUUGGGUGGCGUUACUCGAAUGACGGUCUCUCUGGUGGUCAUUAUGUUUGAGCUCACUGGAGGCCUGGAGUACAUCGUGCCUCUUAUGGCUGCGGCUGUCACAAGCAAGUGGGUGGCAGAUGCCUUUGGAAAAGAAGGGAUUUAUGAAGCUCACAUUCAUCUGAACGGAUACCCCUUCCUGGAUGUGAAGGAUGAGUUCACGCACCGAACKCUGGCGACGGACGUGAUGAGACCGMGGCGAGGUGAAGCUCCUCUGUCAGUUCUGACUCAGGACAGCAUGACCGUGGAGGAUGUYGAGACCCUUAUCAAAGAGACCGACUACAAUGGCUUCCCAGUGGUGGUUUCAAAAGACUCGGAGAGACUGAUUGGGUUUGCACAGAGACGAGAGCUGAUCCUUGCAAUAAAGAAUGCAAGACAGCGUCAGGAUGGGGUGGUGAGCAAUUCCAUCGUGUACUUCACUGAAGACCCCCCAGAACUGCCACCCAACAGCCCCCACCCACUGAAACUGCGGCGUAUUCUCAACCUGAGCCCCUUCACUGUCACUGACCACACACCAAUGGAGACUGUGGUUGACAUUUUCAGAAAACUUGGACUCCGGCAGUGCCUGGUCACUCGCAGUGGGAGGCUGCUGGGUAUCAUAACUAAAAAGGAUGUAUUAAGACAUAUGGCUCAAAUGGCAAACCAGGACCCUGAAUCUAUCAUGUUUAACUAGACUGGUAAAGAAGAAGAAAGUAACCCCAAAGGAAUCCCUUCUAGAUUAACACAAAGGCUGUGUUUGGUGUUUCAUCUUGCUUAAAGAGAAAAAUGUAUGUGAGGAAUGGCCUGAUAUCCUCUGACAGAGGGAGUGGAUGCAGGACAGCACUUAUUCCAUGAGGAAGGCAGUUCAGAAGCUCUGAGCAGCUGCAGACAUGAAGUGUUUCCCUAAUGAGAUUCCCAACAGCUGAGUUGGAGUGCUGGUGGGUGUCAGUGAUGCAGUGCUUGGGGACAAAGAGCCAGGAGCRCCAGAGGGAGCCAUCAAGGUCACAGUAACUCCUGAGGUGUGAGGAGCAGCAGACACUGUUUAUGUACAAGCUGCUGAGAGACACGAAGGUUUGUGUUCCAAGCCACAGAGUGUAGAUGAGUAAUGUCAGUUGCUUUUGUUACUGGAAUCAUGGCUGUUUGUUUGCUACUGAAUUAUACCAUUUUCAUAACAGACAACAAUUGUCAUAUUUUUAAACAAAAGAUUUUGUCAUCUUCAUUUAUUUUGUAAAUGUUUAGUGAAUCAAGACUGGAGUUAAGUCUUAAGAAAGGAGUAAGAGUAUUCCUCAACUCAAUUUAAAAUGUAGUGCCCCUUGCUCCUUGCUUUAGUCUUUUGAAUUUUAUACUGCUUAGCAUUUCUGUCAACCAGCUUCCCCUUAUUAAUGUUGAAAUGGGAUUUAUUUGUAAGAAUUUAUUAUCUCUCUAUGCAAUUUUGCAUACAAGUACUGUAAAAUUUGGUAUUUUGUGGUUUGCUGUGGUAACUGGAAAAAACAUAGAAGCCCAUGAAAUAGUUUUCAAAAGCACUAAUAGGACAGUGUCAUCCAUCUCUCAUCAGUGUUAGUGACAAGAGACUGAAUCCCUCACCUGUCUUCCCUUGUGUACAUCACUCUUUUUCACACACGUAUGAAGCUCUGCAUUGAUUCUUGCUUCUCCACUUAGGUCCUUUUKGUAAUUGCUCUUUCUUGGCAUUUAUCUGCACCUGUCAAGAAAUUGCUGAAAUUAAUUUAAUAGUCAUAGACACUUAUUCUGUAAUAGAUCUASUUUUUAUGCACCUGUCAGUCAUAGGACUGUGGAAUCCCUCUCCACAACACUGUGUCUGGAUAAGAUCAGAGGGACUGAGAAUGCAAAUAUCAUAGGAAAGCUUUAAAUAUUUAUCUGUUUGCACCAGGAAUACAAGAUUUAACUGACCUUGGUAGAGACCUCUAAGUCACUCAGGUAAAAAUGCUAAAUUUUCCUAAGCACUUGUUCUGGUCCUGUGCAAGAUGCAGAGGGUCAAUCCUUUAGUCAAUGUUGCUACCAGUAACAGAAUACCAAAUAAUACCAAAUUGUACUCUCUGUAACACACAAUUCAAACUGCCCAGUGUUUGCUUUAUAGAUGCAAACUUAAAGAAUGGGGGAAGGUUACAUCCUAAUUUAGAUGCCCUGAAUCCCCUGCAGACCUCCUGCUCCCUUCAUUUAGGCAUCUAAGAGCUCUGUUAUUUUUGUUCAGAUUCACACAGAUGGGCCUCAUGGACUGAAAUGAGAGGUGUCCUGUCAUGCAGAACAGCCUGUUGYUUACUCCAGCCCAAACCCAGGCAAUAACCAGUGAGCAUGGUUAUUGUGAGACAGCUCAGGUGCACCCUGAGUUAGAUGUUCAAGUUGUAUGUCACAAAUUCCUCCUCUUAUCUGCAGUGACCCUGCUUCCUUCUGGCAUGUGUUCCACUGCAUUCACACAGAAUGUGGCUCGAAUUGCUGAAUUGAAAAGAAACGGAAGUAAAGGGAUAAUUUUAAUCUGCUGAGUACCCCACUKAACAAUGGUGUUUGCAAAAGACUGACAUAAAUAUAUGUAGCUUUGGCCAAAGCCCAUAAAUAUUUYAGCUUAUACUUUUUGUUAACUGAACAGCUGCAGUACAAUGUAUUAUUAAAGGGACAUUGUUAAAACUAUGUAAACUAUAGGAAUGAGCAAYCCCUUUCUUCUGAAAAUAGGAAAUACAACAUAAUAUGGUUUUUUCUUACGUUGUUCUGUGAAGCUUUCUGCAGCCAAAGCCAUAAAAAACCAACCAAGUCAACAUCAAAGCUCGUAAACCCUGUAUUCCCUCAUUUGAACRGAGAUGCCAUCAUAAAAUCUAUUCAUUCCCACAACUAAAUCCAAGUGGGGCUUUAUACAAUGUCAAUUUCUACCCAUAACUUCUAGAAUCUAGGGGAUUUGGACUAAGCUAAAUAGGCUGACUUUUGAGAGCAGUCUCAUUCUUGGAUUAAAACUGUAUGACCAUGUUCUACUUUCCAUGUUUGUUAACAGGAACCAAUGUAGUGUAUCAACACUGAGAAACAUYCAUUUUCUGAGAAAAAGACAUGGAGUUGUCUAACUGAAAUUAAUCUGGCUAUGAAUACAAAUUYACCUGUUUGUUGGCUUGGAUUAUCAGGUUAAACACAGUCUGUGGUUAUGCAUAGGCAUAAGCUUGUGUGGUUAAUUACCAUUACUACCCAGAGGCCUGAUUUACUGAAACCAACAAUCACCCCUGUGAUAGCGUGUUACCUUGUCUUAUUAGACUGCCUAGGAACAGCCCUCGGGCCUUAAAAACAGRAUCCAAAACCCAACAUGGUGAUUUGUAACAAACAGCAACAAAAGGAAUUGAGAGUUAUGUAGUUGUUGUGAGCACAGUUUGACCCUGGACCAUCACCCAAGUAAAAGGCAGGUAAAUGGAUGUACAGCUCACUUCUACCAAACACAUUCCUUUCUGGAUGGAAAGCUUUAAACACAUAAGAGGUCAAGGGGAAAACCUUUGGACAUGUAACCAUGUCGUGCUGUUCCUUUUCCAGUGUCUGUUUAAAAUAUGUUAAACCCUUUAGAGCAGGGGCUGCUCUCUGGCUGUCCAGAAAUGGCACACUCAUGGCUAACCUCAGCUCUUGGUGUUGGCAUCAAGGCUGAGGCUAAUGCUACAAUGACACAGAGGGCUUUGAAACAGGACAGACUUAGCUAAUUAGAAAACUUCCUCCAUGCUACAGCYUUCAUUGCUCUUCACAUUGGUAUCUGAAAGGGAACGCCCUUAAUAUAGAUUGAUAACAUGCUUUUCUCAAAAAAAUGCAGUGAUGUAAUGAUUUAAUUUAUUUCUCCAUAACAAACCCAUUAUCAGUCACUGUUUUCCAUCUGUGUUCCAAAAUUUGUCUCAGAAUAGACUGAAUAGACUCCAAGAGGCAUAGAUCUCAGCCUUAACUAUUUAUUUGAAUUUAAUUAAGCUCAAGAUAGUCACGUAGCRUUAUCAAUAUGAGUUACAUAAGUACUUUAGUAUAUACUGCUGACUUUAUGCAACCUCAGUUCAGUCCUUGUGUUCAAGCAGCUGGCCUUCAAAAAUGUCCAACUAAACUAAACGAGAAUAAAAAUCUUUGAAUGAUGCAGGUUCAGUAUUUUACCUUUGUUUUGCAUGAACUGUAUYCAGUUGCAUUCAGCCUCUGAUGUGUACUUGAAGCAAUCUGCACCAGAAAGUUCAAUAAUAAAGUACAGAACAYGGAUGACAUUAGACAGACCCUUUGGCUGUCCCAGUGAUACUAAUUAUUAAUUCUUAUGCUUUGAAGAAGCAGAAAAAGAAUGUUUCAGAAUUACUGGAGGCUCACUGAUUCUGUGUUGGAAUGACACUAUAUUUAUGACUAUAGUUUUGCUUCAGUUCUGUUUGUUGGUUUGUUUUUUUUUAAUCGUAGAAAACAGUGUAUAUGUUGCACCUUAUAAAAAAAAAUGUUUGGACUCUAUUUUUUAAAUAAAACUGACAGUGCUGAAAACAUUUCUUGGACAUCUUAUUA